AUGAACCGACUUUUAAUUCGUCAGCGAAAUGUGGUGUUGGUUGGCAGACGGCUGAAGAGCAACUUGGCUGCAGCGUAUGUUCUUUUUAUUAUGUUACAUUACCGUAAUAUUAAAAAUUUUACUAUUUAUACGCUUCAGAAAGACCUUCAAUUCGAUAUAUAUAUGCUUAACAUGUCGUAUAUUAUUAAAUAUUCGCUAAAAUAAUCAAGAUAUUAACUAUGACAUUUGAGUUGUAAUUUCAGAAAAAAGACUUGUUUGUACGAUUUCCACGCUCAAAAUGGAGCCAAAUUUGUCGAGUUUUGUGGCUUCCAGAUGCCCAUUCAAUAUUCGGAUUUGUCGAUUCAGAAGUCGUCGCUACACACCAGACAUCACGCUUCCAUCUUCGACGUCUCCCACAUGCUACAGACCGAGAUUCACGGAAAAGACGCGUACUGUAAACCUUUUAUUGUUACCGUAGUCUUAUCUUUAGGCUAUUUUUUUAAAAUUUGUUCAAUUUUUUAAAAAGUUGUAAUAUGCUUUUUGAAAAUGGCUUUAAAAUCUGCACGGUGCAGUUUAUUUUGACCAUUUUUUGAAUUUUGAAACUUAUCUACUACAAUAUCGUUUUCUUUUUUAGCAUCGAAUUCUUUGAAUCCUUGACGCCAGCUGACAUUCAAGGUCUGCCAGAGAACUCAGGCUGUCUUUCUGUAUUCACGAAUGAGAAAGGUGGUAUCAAAGACGAUCUUGUCGUGUCCAAGACUGACAAAGGAUACCUAUAUGUGGUCUCGAAUGCUGGAUGUAUCGAUAAGGAUGUUGAACAUAUGAAGGUAAGUUACUACGCAUUUAAAGUUUACUAUUCAUACAACUUUACUUUAUAAGUACCGCGAAGUUUAAUGUAUUAAAACUGUAAGCAGGGUGAGCGGGUGGUUUAGCGUAAACGAGGUAGAUUUUGGUUUGAUUACUGAAACGUUAUGGUUACUGUAACUUAAUUUCAGAAACACGAAGCUGAAUGGAAAGCUAAAGGAAAAGAUGUAGAAGUCAGAGUUCUGGAUAAAUACGGACUUAUUGCUCUUCAAGGUACGUUAACGUCAGAUAAACCUUCAUUCUGACCUUACUUUAGGUCCAGAAGCUGUUCUCCUGCUCGAAACAGAGACCGACAUCGACCUAUCUCACCUAUACUUUAUGCAAACUGCCGUAGGCACUGUAGCCGGUGUACCCGACUGCCGUGUCACUCGUUGUGGCUACACUGGAGAGGACGGCUUCGAAAUCCAAUUCCCGAUUGCCUCGAGUGAUGCGGUGCCAAAAGCUCUGAUCGGAAGCAAACGAGUGAGCACCCGGCUGGCAGGAUUGGGCGCUAGGAACGUACUGAGACUUGAAGCCGGUCUCUGUCUAUAUGGAGAUGACAUCACCGAGACCACGACUCCAAUCGAAGCCGGCCUCAACUUUGUCGUAGCCAAAAGACGACGUCAGACCCUCGGAUUCCCUGGGGCCGAAGUGAUCGUGAAGCAGAUUCAGGACAAGAAGGUGCCCAAGAAGCGGGUGGGGCUAAUGGCGGAGGGGGGACGCUCCCCCAGAGAACACCUCCCACUGGUCGACCCCAUGGACAAGGCUUGUAUCGGGUUCGUGACCUCAGGUAGCCCCUCCCCCACCCUCAACAAGAACAUUGCCAUGGGAUACGUGGACUUUAGGGACUCGAAGAUCGGCACCCAGGUGCAGGUCGAUUUUGGAGCGAAACAGUCGAAUGUUACCGUAGUCAAGAUGCCCUUCCACCCCACCAAUUACUUUGUCAAACCCAAGAAUUAG